CGCUUUCUUUCCUCUCCCUCGCUCUUUCUGUUCUGCCUCCCGCCCUCUUGAGGAAAGCGACGCUGCGAGCCGAGUGCACCGAGCCCUCAGUAUCGUAUCUAGGCUGUACGAGUACUCCGUUGCCGGAGUCAACGACGCGCGAAGUGCGUGUUGUCAUUUCACUUUUCACACCGGCGAAGGAAGAUCGCAUAUACCUACGGAAGGACGGAGCGCGCACGAGGCCGCCCUUCGCGACGUGUUGUCCCACGUGAACUUCUCGCGCGCGCCCUUCCAACAGAGAGCACAUAUCUUGCCGCUGACUCGACGGAAACCGUGUUGUUAUCUCUGAUUCCUCGUAACUCGUUUUCUCGCUACGGGACGCUCAUUCACGGCGUGUUUCUGAAACGCGUUUGUUGCUCCGUGCGUGCACGUCCGCGUACGUACACGGAUUUUGUUUGCGCGAGAUCGGCCGCAAAUCGAAUGUCGCCGUUCGAUCCGCGAUCGCGUUCGGACCGCGGGCAAACCUCGUCGGAUCUUUUUACGCGCGUGCUUUCGUAGAAAGUUUCCUAAGUUGUGCCAAGUGUGUCGAAACGACAGUCGCCGGAGUAAUUCGAAUCAAAUUUGUGUGCCGCGUGACACCGAACUACCGAACGAUUCUGGACCGGGGUGUCUCCCCUGCUCGUCGAUUCUUCUCACGGAAGCGUCGCACAGCUCUGACAGGUGAUUGACGAACAACAAAUCCGGGCCGAAUCGAAGAAGGGAGUUUCGUGAAUGCCUACAGCGAGAAUCAAAAUGUAAGUUGAAACCGAUUCGCGUGUAAAUGCUUCCGAGAGCACCGUCUUAGAAGCGUUCGUCCGGCAGACAGAGGACUGGGUUGGUUACCCUUUGAGAACGAACCCACCUGCUGACUUGGCAUCCAACGAUAUCUAGCGAGGAGAAGGAAGGCGGGUGGUAUCACGCGGUGAACCACGAAGGAAACGGAUCUUGGCGGCGAAUAGUGCCGGUGCCAGGUCCUUUAUCCUCCGCGCAUGCUUCAGCAACGAAGCUGUUCAGCAACGACACCUCCCGCGACGUCGUCGUCAUCGUCCAACAUGUUUCCCCAACAGUAUUGCCUACGAUGGAAAUACCAUCACAGCAACCUGCAGACUAUGUUCUCACAGCUGCUCGAGCGGCAAGCUUACUGCGACGUCACUCUGGCCUGCGAGGGCAAGACUCUCCGAGCGCACAAGGUGGUCCUGUCGGCGUGCAGCACGUACUUCGACACGAUUCUGUCCCAGUACGAGGAGAAGGACCCCAUCGUCAUAAUGCGGGACGUCAAAUUCUCAGACAUCAAAGUACUCGUCGAGUUUAUGUACAAGGGAGAAAUUAACAUCGACCACACGAGAUUGUCGUCCCUGUUGAAGACCGCGGAGGAUUUGCACAUCAAGGGGUUGGCCGAAGUGAGCUGGCGUAGCGAUUCCACGCAGAAUGAUCUGGCUAACAGCGGGCACAGUCCUGGCGCGGCGACUCCAGGUGUCGAGACGGUCCUCAGGGAAGGCGAAGCCGACGAACCGCCGCCUCCGAAGCAGAGACGCAGGGGGCGUCCGCCCCUGGACGAUCCACCCUCGGCACACGACGUCUUCACACCGAAAAUUACCUGCAUCACCGGAAAUGUACAUCAAGAGGAAAUGAUGAGCGAAGGUGGUGACCAUGAGAGCUGGGACGAUGAAAUGAUGAUGAACGAAGCUGAGACUCCACUGCCGGUGUUAUCAUACAUGUCAAAGGACGACAACACAUCCGACCAGGAAAAAAAAACGCCUACCACACCCUCAAAUUCCAACGCCACGAACCCAUCGAUCCCCGAGCAAUUCCGAGACGUCGUGAAGAUGAACGAUUACUUGACGACGGGACGCCGCCAGGAGUUCUGGGAGGAGCCGUUCACGCGACGCGUUAUGGAUGCCAUUAAGAGCAAAGAACUGGAAAUGAAGACUGCCGCGGAGAUACUUGGCGUCUCCUACGGAACUCUCUACGGCAGAUAUCGCGACAGUUAUGGUUGCCUUAAACACCCGUAUAGAGUAAGGGAUUUUUGGUCGGAGCCAGGGCCAGCAGAGGUGCUCGCCAAGCUCCGGAGGAAAGAGAUCACGUUGUUCCGAGCAGCCGAGUUCCUUAACGUGACCGUCCACACGUUGGCGACUUAUUUGUCGACGUUGCAGGGCCCGGACAGGAUCUCGUUGGCCGGCGACCUGAGCGUGGCGUCGAGCGCGACCGACGGGAUCAACGACACGCCGGAGAACAACGAGCCAGUGAACGACAUCCUCCAGAAGAUAAGCGCAAACGCGGGGACCACUGCGACCCCGACCACCUCGACGCCCAUCAAACGAGAGGGCGGCGGUUACAUCGAGGUGCCGACGCCCGUCCCGAAACCCGCGACCUCGGUGCUGGAGAACAACCCCGACAUAACGAUCGUCAAAACGGAGAACAUGCCGCGCAAACGGGAUUACACAAAGGUUUCGAACACGGAAAACAACAACGCGAAAUUGAUGAGCGGCGGCGCGUUGAGCGAAGUGACGCAGCAACAACAGCAGCAGAAGAUCACCGACCCAUUGUCGUUAAACAACGACAACAGCAAACCCUAA